UACCGAUAUGACCGUAAAGGAAAUCAAGGAAAACAUGCAAUGUCUAGUUCGAAUCUUGGAUGUCAAUCGGCUUCACCGCUUCGUCGACAAUGUAAAGACUGCUAGCAACAGGAUCAGUGUUACUUUCAGAACAAGUAAGCUGCCAGAGGAGGUCAAGCUUUACUGCUGCCUUAACAAGGUGAUGGCGUUCAUUAACAAACCGGUUAUCUGUCACAACUGUCUCCGAUACGGACACAAGACAGACUCUUGCCGAUCGAAAAAGCGAUGCACGGUGUGUGCACUUCAACAUGAAGGAAUGGACAGUGGAGACUGUCCAAACCCAAAGAAGUGUAUGUACUGCAAGAAGGCACACAGAACAACGGACAGUGAAUGUCCAGAAUGGUCAAGGCAAAGGAACAUCAAAACCAUCAUGUCCAAGACGAACUUGACAUACAUGGAGGCACGGGAACUCAAUCCAGUGUUGACCCAAAAUCGAUACGAAAUACUCGAAAACGUGGAAGAAUUCCCGACACCCGCAGACAGUUUCGCUGAUAUGGUUGCAGGCAACUUCAAGACUAAGAAUCCACAUCAGUAUCGAAAGGAGAGGAACAAGCGAACACUACAACAGGAGGAUGUCAACAUCGCGGAUAAAGUUCAAGUAUUUGCUGACAAGAAGAAGAAGACGGAUCAGGAAGGAGAGAAGAAUGGCGUAGCUCUAUUUAACAAGUAUCGGGUGACGGACUUCGACCGCUGGGCUCAGAAAUUCGAACAACUUCGUCAACAGAACAUAACUCAACAGCUCGGUGCAACCGGAAUGGACGUAGCAGAAUCAAAUAAUGAAACAAUCAACAAGUGUAACAUGCCCAGCAGCUCCCAAACUGGAAAGCUGAUGGGUUGGCCGGACUUCAUACACGAAACGGAUAAUGUGAAACCGUGAGUAGUAACGUAAUGAUCAACGAACUUAGAAUAUUCCAAUGUAACAUACAAAGUUUACAAAAAAAUAAGGAAGAACUAUCUAGAAUUCUCAUACAAGAUCAAUAUCAUGUAGCGUUAAUAUCAGAAACAUGGAGUAAAAAGGAACUGGAAGAUACAAAGUACAAAAUAUCUAACUUUUAUACGUAUUUAGACUCUAGAGCAGACGGAAAAGGUGGUGUAGCCAUCAUUAUCAACAACAAAUAUAAAUCAAGAGAAAUAUCAGUCCCCACUUUCGAUAAAAUACAGUGCUUAGCUAGACAAAUAGUAUCUUUAGACCUAGUAGUAGUAUCUAUUUACAUUGCUCCUAAUGUAAACAAUACAGACCUCAAAGCGAGCUUAAGGCAAAUAUAUGACAGGAUCAAGUGCUACCGUAAAGUUUUCGUUGGCGGAGACUUCAACGCACACCACUUUACAUGGGAUAAGCGAAUUUCGGAUA